AGACGAGGAGGAGGAAGAAGAAGAAGUUAUCAUCACCGACUCUGAAUCGAGUCCGCCACCAACCUCCAGCGGCACCACCACCACCAAGAUUCUGAUUUCCAGAAACAAAAACGCGCAACCGCUCUACGGCGCCGUCAAAUCCGCGAGCGUCGACGCUAAUAACGAGACUAAGAUCAAGCUGAAAUUUCAAAAAACCUUUGACGACUACUUUGUCAAGAAAAGCACCGAGCGCGAACGACCUGCAAAGACAAAGCAGAGCAGUGUCCGUCUUAUCACUUCCUCCUCCUCUUCCUCGCCAGCGCUCGCGAUCAAGCCUACAAAGAUGGCGCUGCCACCACUCCGAUUCAAGACAGCGACUCCGGAGGUGCAUUAUCUCGAUGUUUCGAAAAAUACAGCGGCGAGAAGGAGGCGGUUGACGAAGAAACCGCCAAGGGCGCAGGGAUACCAGUUGACUAUGCCGCUCACGCCCGAUAACUUUAGCAACAGCCACCGAGGACGCGUGCCGAUUACGGAGGGGUUGACUGGAGAAGCUGCUGCGAGACAAGCUCAGAGUGAAGAAGUUGAAGUUGUAUUAACGCCGUCGGCUGCUACUCCUCCACCUCCCGAAUCUCCGUCUAUCACCCCCGGCCGUACACGAGAGAAGGCCAGCGCUCGGGAGGCGGCUCGAGAGUCGGGCGCUUCUGAUACUACCGCUCAGACCGAAGAAGAGGUCAAGGAAGCCACGACCAGUAAACCCGCUGAACGGCGGGCAAGCCGAUUAUCGGCCGCACAUACAGUUGAUGAUACCACAGACGAUCCACCUGCUUCAGAAACCCCCGUUCUUGCAUCGCAGUCAUCUAAUAACGCAAAUGCCGAUACCGAAGUGACGGGCACUCGAAGGAAACGGUCAGAGAUGGAGCACACGCCACAGCCUGAAGAGCAGUCUAUCAGGCGGCAGAAGCGCGUCAAGGUUUCACCAAUAAAGAAACGCUACGGCCAGCGCGAAAACGCAUUCGGCUUCGGCCCAGCAGCGCCCCUACCGAGCACCCGCGCGUCAGCCAACUCGGCGGUCGACGACCCCGACGAUCCCACAAAGUUCAACGACGAUUUCUGCUCUGCCUGCGGCGGUAUCGGCCGCUUUCUGUGCUGCGAAGGGUGUCCGAAAUCGUUUCAUUUCACGUGCACGGAUCCGCCGUACGACGAGUCUAAUCUACCCGAGGGCUCGUGGUUUUGCAAAAGCUGUCAUGCGAAGCGGCAUCCGCCGCCGAUCAUGCCGCGGGGUCUGUUUGCGGAACUUAUAGAGCAGAUCGAGACGCGGAAUCCGGCGUGCUUUGUGUUGCCGAAGGAGAUUAGGGAGCGGUAUGAAGGAGUGACGUCGACCGAGUUUGGGGAAUAUCAGGACGUGCAGGAUACGAAGGCUAAGCGACCGAGAAACGGGUUCAUUGAAGAGCCGGAUCCGUUUAGAUUGACGGAUAAGAACGGGAAAGCGAUCCUGUGCUUCAAAUGUGGUCUUUCGGCACUACACGACCGGAAGAUGAUUAGCUGCGACUACUGUCCUCUUCAUUGGCAUCUCGACUGUCUAGAUCCGCCUAUGAGCUCGAUCCCGACGAUUUCGCAACGGAAAUGGCGGUGUCCUAAUCAUGUCAAUCGAGAGCUGAUCAAGUGUCGCCGCCUGCGAAAUGCAAAGCUGGUUAGCGUCAGUCUUCGUCGCGGGUUCAUCAACAACGGCGACAUCGAAGUCGAGAACGAAUCCUCCGACGACGACGGCAACGCAGCGGGCAACGAAGUACUAGUCAAACCCUCGCGACUGCAUUUCUUUGACAACUGGUCCGAAGACCCGUUCAACAAGACCUCGGCCUUCGACCGCCGCAAGAUCGCGACCUACACGAUCAAAGACGAGGAGCAGAACGUGGUGUAUCGAGUGUCCGAGCGGGGUCUCGUGCUUGAUUUCCUCGAUAAAGUGAAUCUGCUUCCGCACACGCGCAAACGCGCGCCACGACCGGUCCCGCUCUCGGAGCUCGAUCGGCUUGUGGUGCUGCCGUAUCAGGAGCGGGAGUUUGUGCGGAACCUGGCGUAUUUCAAUCAGCAGUUCACGCCGGAGGCGGUCACGCGGCAGAGUAUGUCGUCGCUGCUUGACGCCGCGCUCGCGCUCGACGACACUGUGUCUCUAGCAUCGAGCAACGCGAGCGACGACGAGGAGGGUCCUGUGAGCACUACUGCCCUGGAGACUACAUCGCGGUCGAGCUCGACAGAGCAUGAAGAGUCGUUGAGUGCAAAUACGGCGGCGACGGAGCAGGUCGAGACGGAGGAGGUGAUGGAGGAUAAGGAGACGUUGCUGGCGAUCCAGAGGUUGAUGAGAGUUAAGGGCAAAGACGCAUUGAUGAAGUUCUUACUUGGCUAGUUUUCUUUUUUUCAUUCCAAUCUUAUAUAUAUUUUUAUGUCCAUACGAGGAAUUUGUAUGCUGUACUUUUUCCAUGUUUCUACACUUGCCUUCGCCUCAUGUAUCAUCUAUGAUGUAUCCCCCUUCCCUUCCCGACCAUUUCCAGCCUCUCAUUUUUUUUUUUUUU